AUGCUUCUCAACGUCUCCUUCAUCGCUGCCUGUCUCCUCUUAGUCAACGUAUCUCAAGCGGCACCAGUUGGUGAGAUUGCAACGCAGAAUGGCCUUCAAACUUCCAACUUUCAAUUUCAACGACGACAAACUCCUACUGCCUCCAACGGCCCAAUUCAACUGACAGACGACGAAAAGAAAGCAAUUGAAAAAUCAAAGUUGGAGACCAAGGCCAAAAUUGACGCCGCCAUCGCUGCUGGUGCAACAAUUGACCAGACUGAACUCUCGGCAGCUGCCAAGAAGGCCAUCGCAUCUAACACUGGCAGUGAUAACAAGACAAUCGGUAAGGCAAUCAAGGCAGCUAUUGAAAGUUUGGCAGAUCAAAAGCUUGCUGAAGCAAAAGGCAAAUCUUCAGGACCACAACGACGACAAGCUCCUGCCGGCUCACUUCAAUUGACCGAAGAAGAGAAGAUCGCAGUAGAUAAAUCAAAGGUAGAGACGAAGGCCAAGAUUGACGCUGCCACCGCUGCUGGCGCAAGCGUGGAUCCAUCCGAAAUCUCAGCAGCCGUCAAGAAGGCAAUCGCCGAUACCCCAAACGGCGAUCGUAAGGCAACUGGAAAAGCUAUCAAGACAGCUGUUGAGAGUUUGGCUGACCAGAAGCUUGCUGAAGCGAAAGGAAAACCUGCAUCCCGACAACGACGUUCUGAUUUGAGCGAAGAAGCUAAAGCGGCUUUAGCACACGUCAAGAAAGAAGGUAAAGCAAGAAUUGAAGCUGUGACUUCUGCGGGUGGAACUGUUGAGGACAGCGACAUAUUGGCAGUCAUUAAGAAGGCUGAUUCUGAGAACCCCAACAAGGAUAUCAACACUGCGAAUGCUAUCAAGGCAGGGUUUAUCAGUCUUACAGAUCAAAAGCUUGCUGAAGCCAAAUCUAAGUCUUCACCUCAAUGA